AUGUCAGUGGAUGUAGAAGAAGUAAGUAUUACUCAACAGGAUAAUGAUUCAGAUAGUAUUUCAAAAAAAAGAAGAAAUAAUGAAGAAUAUUCAGAUAAAGAAAACCAAUCAACACCAUUUAAGAAAAAGCGUUCACCAGCUCAGAAACUAAAGAAGAAACAACAUAAUGAUGAUAAUGUUGAUGAUGAUGAUAACGUUGAUGAUGAUGAUGAUGAUGGUGAUGAUGAUAAAUUUGACAAAAAGGAAGAAGAACGUAAACGAAAAGAACAAAUCAAAUUAGAUAAAGAACGACAAAAGGAAAAAGAGAAGCAAGAACGAGAGCAUAAACGUGAACUAGAAAAACAAGAAAGAGAAAGGAAAAAGGAAGAAGAGAAGUUGGAAAAAGAAAAGAAAAGAGAACAAGAAAAACAAGAAAGAGAAAGGAAGAAAGAAGAAGAAAGACUUGAAAAAGAACGAAGAAAAGAAGCUAGGGAAAAAGAAAGAUUAGAAAAGAAACAAAAGCAAGAAGAAGAAAAGAGAGCAAAGGAAGAAGAGAAGAAACGAACUGAAGAAGAAAAACGAAGGAUUGAAGAAGCUAAACAAAGAAGUCAAAAGAAGAUUUCGAAUUUUUUCAAAAUUGGUACUACUUCAUCAUCAUCUAGUACAACAGCUAAAGAACCAACAAAAUCAGAAACAAAAGAAUCAUCCUUAUAUGAAAAGAAGUUUUUACCAUUUUUUGUUCAAGAGAAUGUUACAUUAAUUGAUAUUUCAUCACCAAAUUUACUAAAAACAAAGCAAGAAUUGGAUGCAUUUAUUAAAAAUCCAGAUAAUGAUAUAAAAGUGACUUUUAUUGAGUUUCUCAAAUCAUUUACCAAAGAAAUAAAUGAUGAUAACUUAGAAUUUACAUCAGAAGAAAUAAUUGAAUCAUUAAAUUCAUCACAAAAUGAAAAUAAAAUCAAGGAUAUAUUUAAUUCGAUUCCUUCAAUUAAAUUUAUUAGUUUUUAUGAAAAUUCAAAACCUCCAUACAUUGGUACUUGGUGUUCGAAACAUCAUCGAGAGUUACAAAGUCAAAUAAUUAAACAUCCAUUAAAUACAUCACUAACAGGUUUAGAUUAUGAGUAUGAUUCGGAUUUAGAAUGGAAUGAAGAAGAUGAGGAAGGGGAAGAUUUAGAUAAUUAUGAUGAAGAUGAGGAGGAAGAUUCUUUAAUGGAAGAUGAUGAAGACGAAGAAUUUGUUGAGAAGGAUAAUGGUACUACAACAAAGAAGAAAUUUAUUAAUUUACAAGUUGUAACAAAAUUGAAUAAUGAAGAAGAUAAAGAAUUCUUCCAAGAUUACAAAUGUACUAAAUUGGUUGAUAUUGAUGGUUUAAUUGAUCCUUUUAAAAAUUAUUGGAGUAAUGAACCAGCUCCAGGGAUUAUAGCCACUCCUACUAAACAAAACGAAACUAAACAUGGCAAUAUUUAUGAUCCUAUAGGCAAUAAAAAAUCUGCGGGUACAUCCUCAUCACCAAAUAUUUUAAUUGCACAAAAGAAAACAAUUACAGAUGAUAAAGCUGUUAAAAAAUUAGUUGAGUUUAUUGAAUCUAAUAAUGAUUUUACAAUUGGUACAUUAGUUGAAUUAGCUAAAAAGGAAGAUAUCAUUAAAGAUUUUACAAAAGCAUUGAUUAAAAAUACUAUUCAAAGUAUUGCAACUUACAAUAAAAAAGAUCAAGUAUGGGAAAUCAAAUCUGAUGUUAAAGAAAAGUAUAAAUAG